CAUGUCCAACAGUGUCCUACCACCCCACUCCAUCGGGACCUCCAUACAAUACUCAAUUGAGUCACCAGUUAUCGAGCAGUAUAUAGAGAUACAGACUUACGAAACCCUACUUGUGACUCCUACCACCAAGUUACCUAUUUACAUUCCAAACCGCAAUCCGAGAGCUAAGGGAGCAACCCGAAAAAGAACGAACGAUAACCAAAGAUGUCUCCCCCACAGCAACAACCCCAAUCAUCAUCACCAUCACCAACCCCCUCCAACAAUGGAAUCUCCUUCACCAUCACCCACAUGAACGCCAACCACCAGGACUCCCUGUCCUACUACCUCCGCGUCUACAACGGCGUCUCCGCCGGCGAGGCCUCCACCGCAACCCUGGAGACCAUCACCCUCUCCGACCUCGUCAUCCGCACCGCCGAUAAGAACCGCUACACUGUGCCCCUCGACCCGCCGCUCCAGUCCUUCAGCGAGACGCGUGCCCGCCUCGUCGCCAUGCACAAGGACUGCCUCGACAAGCUUGGCCUCUCCGACAUCAAAAUUACGACCUACCAUGCUCCGUCCCGGCCCUCAGAGGUUAUCACGUUCUUGGUCUGUCUCUCGGGCAUCCUCGCGUUCAGUCGGCGCGCGAAUCUCCUGCCGGGUGGCUGGGUGUACGAGGGACUGCGCUUGGGGAGUGGGUGGUGGUGGCCCCGGUGGUUCGCGGCGUUCUGUGCCAGUAUGCAGCCGGCGGUGCUGACGUUUGUGCUGGUCGUGCAUGCGUUCGAGGCGGCGAUGUUGGCAUAUACGAGGCUACGGAAGCAUGGGGUUGCGCUGGGGUCGGGGGCGUGGUGGGGGUGGGUGCUGUCGACGAUUAUCGAGGGGUAUGGGGGGUUCCAGCGGUUUGAUCGGGUAGUGAGGGAGGAGGAGGCGAAGAAAAAGUGAGAGGGCGAUGUGUAUGGUUGGGGGUGUGAGGGUACGGGUGUUGUUGCUUGUUUGUACAAUAAGGUCUAGUUAGGCUAUGCUGUGACUAACUAGUUGCUCUAUACACUGACUCUAAAGUUUGUACUUGUUGGUCUACUCGGGCUGGGUCUGCUGGAGACUGU